AUGUCACAACAAUCAACUGUUAAUACUUUAAAGCCUGUUUAUAAUUUGGUUGAAUUAGAAUUAGAUGACUAUGAAGAAAAUGAACUAGUUAUUAAUAUUAUUUAUGACUUAAAUAUAUUUUUUCAGAAUUCUAAUAAUUUACAAUAUGGAGCAAUUCAUAGAUUUCUUUCUCCAUUAUGGUAUCAAGAUAAUUCAGGUGUUUUUAUUUACCUUCCAACUAGUUAA